AUGUCGAGCGUGCGCGUUGGUAAGGAGGCUGUGAUAUUGGAGGAACUUCGCAAUCAUGCAGAUCCGCCUGGCUCAGCCUACUCAGACGUACCUACAAACUUCACUGAACGGUUGGCUCAUGACUCGGAUACAACAGUUUCGAAGAGUCCGUAA